GGCCCUAACAGAAUGGCCACAGACAUACUGCCUUGCCCCUAACAGAAUGGCCACAGACAUAAUAUUACAUGAUACAGAACCCUUGGGUCACUGACAGCUGUGACUACUGGCCACCUGUACUGACUACUGGCCACCUGUACUGACUACUGGCCACCUGUACUGACUAGUGGCCACCUGUACUGACUAGUGGCCACCUGUACUGACUACUGGCCACCUGUACUGACUAGUAGACACCUGUACUGACUACUGGCCACCUGUACUGACUAGUGGACACCUGUACUGACUACUGGACACCUGUACUGACUACUGGCCACCUGUACUGACUACUGGCCACCUGUACUGACUAGUGGACACAUGUACUGACUAGUGGCCACCUGUACUGACUACUGGCCACCUGUACUGACUACUGGACACCUGUACUGACUAGUGGACACCUGUACCGACUAGCACUAUGGGAUGUGGCACCUCCGUCACCAUCGACAACCAGGCGAGGAGACUGACGACAGACAAGACGGCCAAGAACCCUCCCAGCCCUGCACUGACUAUGAAGGCAGCCAUCCUGAUCCAGCGCUGGUACAGACGUUACAUAGCCAGGUUAGAGAUGAGACAACGAUACACCUGGAACAUCUUCCAGUCUAUAGAGUAUGCUGGGGAGCAGGACCAGCUACAGCUCUCCAGUUUCUUCAAUUUCAUGCUGGACAACUUCACUCAACUCAAUGGGAAUGGCCCAGAUCUGAUCUCCCACCUGCUUGACCCAGUGGUUGACCCGUGGUCAGACAGAGAAAGACAGACCAAGUAUGAACAGAUCACUGUUCCUGAGUCCUACAGCGGUCCUCACCUCACCUUCCCCCUCACCGUCUCUCACACCAACGCCCUGCUCUCUGCAUUCAAAGAACAACAGCCUCUCCAUGGCAGAUACAUGCUGCAGUUGUUACACGAGACUAAGAAGCUCCUGAAACAGAUGCCAAACGUCAUUCACCUGUCCACAACCUACGCCAAGGAGAUCACAAUAUGUGGAGAUUUACAUGGCCGACUAGAUGACUUGCUGCUCAUAUUCUACAAGAACGGCCUCCCCUCGGCAGAGACGCCGUACGUGUUCAACGGAGACUUUGUGGACCGAGGGAAGAAGUCUGUGGAGGUCAUCAUCCUGCUGUUUGCCUACCUGCUUCUGUACCCUGACCACAUGACCCUGAACAGAGGCAACCACGAGGACCACAUCAUGAACCUCCGAUAUGGAUUCACUAAAGAAGUUAUGCAGAAGUACAAGACACAUGGUAGGGACAUCCUACUGCUGAUCCAGGAUGUGUUUAGCCUCCUCCCCAUAGCAACAAUCAUCGACAACAAAGUGCUCAUCGUCCAUGGAGGAAUAUCAGACAUGACGGACCUGGAUUUCCUCAGCUCUAUAGAGAGACACAAGGUGAAAUCUGCCCUGAGGCUUCCUAGGAGGAGUCUGAACUAUCUGGAGGUGACUGGGAGCAGUAGGCAGGGCCAAUCAGAGAGCCCCGGAUGUAGGUGCAGGGGUCAGGGCCAGCCAGAGAGCCCCCGGUGUAGGAGCAGGGGUCAGGACCAUGGCAAGACCCCCAAGAAGAGAUGUCACCUCACCAGACAGGGCAGCAACCAGUUGACCAGACAGGGCAGCUGCUCCUCCUCGUCCUCGCUGUGCUCCCCCCGGAGGUCAUCCCGCCUCAGUCCGCGCCCCUGCCUUUCUCCCAGCAUGCCGAGCCCCACCGACGCCCUCCAGGUGCCCUUCCUGGACUCCUUCACCGCCCUCCCCGUCCCUCAGCCGCCCAGGGAGGAGUUGGAGUGGAAACAGGUAGUAGAUUUGCUGUGGAGCGACCCGAAGAGCCAGCCAGGCUGCAGUCCCAACACCUUCAGAGGAGGAGGCAGGUACUUCGGGCCAGACGUGACCCACCGUCUGCUGGAGAGACACGGCAUGAGUCUACUGAUCAGAUCACAUGAGUGUAAACAGGAGGGCUACGAACUCUGCCACGACGGACAGGUGAUCACCAUUUUCUCUGCGUCUAACUACUAUGAGGAGGGUAGUAACCGUGGAGCCUACAUUAAGCUGGGCAGAGAGCUGCUCCCUCGCUUCUUCCAGUACCAGGUCAGCAGGAUCACCAGGAAACUCACCCUGACUCAGAGGGUGAAUGUGGCAGAGGGUUCGGCUUUAAGGGCUCUACAGGAGAAGCUGUUUGCCCACCGCUCAGAACUCAUGGCUGCCUUUCAGCAGUAUGACACAAGUAACAGUGGCUGUAUCUCUGUCAGUGAGUGGGCCCUGGUGGUGGAGUCAGUCCUGAGACUGGACCUGCCCUGGAGGACACUGCGCCCACGCCUGGCACGGCUCGCAACAGAUGGCAGUGUCGACUACCAGUCCUGCUUCGAGGACAUGGGCCCGGGACAACCCAUACCCCAGGUCACUCCAAACUUGGCUGAAACUCUUUACAGAUAUCGAACAGACCUUGAGAUCAUCUUCAACAUCAUGGACAAAGACCACUCCGGUCAGAUCUCGGUCGAGGAGUUCCGUCAGACCUGGCGUCUGUUUAGCGCUCACCUGGGAGUGGAUGUGGAUGACCGGGCCAUAGAUGACCUGGCUAAGAGUAUGGACUUCAACAAGGAUGGCAGCAUCGACUUCAACGAGUUCCUAGAGGCCUUCAGGGUGGUGCACAAACUGGAUGUCAAGGACCAUCAGCAGGGCUGAGAGAAACCUUGUUGUAGACCUGAAGACUCACAUUAGCCACCCGUGCUAAUGCCUUGGCUUUAGCUCAGUGAGCCAACACUGACAGCAGGGCUGAGAGAACUACAAAGACCAGCAGCUAGGCUGAGAGAACUACAAAGACCAUCAGCAUGCCUGAGAUAACUACAAAGACCAUCAGCAGGGCUGAGAGAACUACAAAGACCAGCAGCUAUGCUGAGAGAGAACUACAAAGACCAGCAGCUAUGCUGAGAGAGACUACAAAGACCAGCAGCUAGGCUGAGCGAGAACUACAAAGACCAGCAGCUAUGCUGAGCGAGAACUACAAAGACCAGCAACCAUGCUGAGAGAACUACAAAGACCCGAAGCAGGGCUGAGCGAGAACUACAAAGACCAGCAGCUAUGCUGAGAGAGAACUACAAAGACCAGCAGCAGACUUGAGGGGAGCCAUGCUCGCCUUGGCUUUAGCUCUGCAGGCUAAAACAUUAUUGUGGCAUUCCAGAGACCCGGAUGCAAACCCAGUCGGUCAACCAUGCACUCAAAGUGUAGCACAUGCAGUUGCAUGAGUCAGGAAUAUUCUACAUCUAGGAGAUGUAGUCAGCCUGCUCCCUCUAGUGUAGAACAUGUCUCAGAGGAGAACACACUACUCUCACCAGCUACUGAUAUGGAGACGGACCAACACAAAUGUAAGGUUUCUACAGACAAAGCAUACAAGGGCUUCCUGGGGCAUGUCCUAACUCUGCUCUGCAGACAAACAGCAUUUUACCCCAUCUUUUCUAGGUCUGAGACCUGGCUGUAACUCUGAGACCAGACUGCUACAUCCUCUCUUCAGGGUUAAAGGUCCAAUGCAGCCGUUUUUUUUAUCCCAAUGUUUAAUCAUUUCUGGGUAACAAUUAAGUACAUUACUGUGAUUGUUUUCCUUAAAAUGGUCAGAAAGAAACUAAAAUAGCUUCUUAGCAAAGAGCUAUUUCUCAAGCAAGA